UGGAUGCCCAAAAUGAAUGAGGAAAUUUAUGCUCAGUUUUCAAAACGGCAGAUUGACAUCCAGAGAAAAAACUUAGUACAGAUUUGCAGGUUGACAGUUAAAACACUGAUUGACAAGGCAUCAAUUACCAAUAUAGAUGAUGAUUGUGAAGAACUCAUUAAUUUUUGUGCAGCUAUUGAACAGAUCUUGACAUACAGGCAGAAAGCACAAAGAACAUGGUAUGGUAUAGAAGAAGUUCGACCAUUUUGGGAUUUUAUUCAGACAGCAUGUCGCUAUCUUCCAAACAACUGUAUCACCAGUAUUGCUACACUUGAGAAUGUCAAGUCUCCAAUAGGAAAGGGAAGAGCCUGGAUAAGAUGUGUGCUUAUGGAGAAGAGACUGUCAGAAUAUCUGUCUAAUGCAAUUCUACAGACAAAAAUUGUCAGGAGAUUUUAUCAAGAUGGGUCAGUAAUUUUGUCAGAAGAUAUCAAUGUUUUAUGUGGAGUUUUGCUGGGACUCAAUUCUAUUGAUUUUAGUUUUUGCUUAAAGGGACAGCAUCAAGAAUUGAAAAGUCCACUGUUUAUUGACUACACACCAUACCUCAUUUUUCAACAGAGUGAAGAAAGUGCAAUCAAAGAUUUUGAAGAGUUGGAACAAUUAAGCACUGAUGCAGGCAGAACAUCUUCCUCUGUUGUUAGGUCAUCUGAUGAUUCAUGGGAAGUCAAAUUCAGAGAACUGGAAAGAACUCAUAAAACUAUAAAAGAACAAAAGGGAUAUCUAGAAGAGUUACUUAGAAUGAGGGAGCAUCAAUUUCAGGAUUUACAAAGAAAACAUCAGAAUUUGUGUAAUGUGUUCAAGAAAUUUGAUAGUGAUUCUAAGAAGGAUCGUUUACAGAUGGAAAAUGUAGUUAUAGAGCUUCAGCAUCAGCUGACCUCUGUAACUACAAAAUGUGAAGGAGUAAGUGCAAAGUAUGAAGCUCUAGUCAGUAAGUUAAAGUCUGGGUUCAUCGACUUAGAAAUAGUUAAUCCUGAAAGGUCAUCACCAAUUGAAAGUUCAAAUCAGCUGGACUACCGUUCAACAGAUGUUUGUACUUCAAAUAUUCCUGAGUCUGCUGCAAAACUUGUCAUUCCUGGUACAAGAGGACUUCAACAUGAAAUGAAGGCAGAGACAGAAAGUAUGUUAGUCAUGGCAGGGUCAUUUUCAUCAGAGAAAAGCAGCGAAGACACAUCCAAUAGAAACUUUACAAAAAAUGAUGAAAACAACAAAGCAUCUGAUGCAGAUGGAGCAAUUGUAAUUAAUUUUCCAGAAAAUGACCAGCAAUCCCUUUCUUCAACUGAGACUUCAAGCAUUGUAGAGGAAAGUAUAACUGGAGAGCAAUCACACUCAAAAACGGAUUUUAUCAAACAAGAAGAAAAUAAAAAAACAACUGAACCAGGAAGUGAAAAGUCCAUAGAACUAGACGAUUCUAGUUCUCCUAAUGAAGAUUUACAAGCGACAACAGGAAACAAUAUAGACCCAGCUAACUCUGCCCUUGAACCAUCAAGAGAAGACAAUGGAUCAGAGCCAGAAAGAGAUACCUCAACUAGCUCACCAGAAAUUCUACAACCAUCAGAGGAAGAAAACUCUAAUGGAUCAGAAUCAUCUGUUAAUGAAGACCAAUAUGACUUAGUAUCAGAUGAUUUGAGUAAAUUUGGUGGUGCUUCAGAAGAAAAUGAAAAUGCUACUGGUUAA